UCAAUAGAAAAUAAUAAUGUAAGAAUCCAGUCAUAAAAUAAAUGGCGAAAUCACACAACGAUACUUUGGACUUUAGAACUCAACAUGACGGCCUAGGAAAAGAAAACUACGACAGAUUAUUGUCAGUCUUCCAUACUGGAACAGAUGUUAAGCGAUCUUUACUUGAACAAUAUCUUAGAGAAAAACAUUUAAAUUUACUUGAUUGGUUAACUGAUUUGAAUCAGACUUUUCUGAAGUUUGACGACAUUAAACGUGCCAUCAAAAGAUCGUCAACAAUUAAUUUGAAAGAUUUGGAGCUGAGUACUAUAGACAUUCUUCUUAAAUUUAACUGUUUUGACUUGUUUUGGGAUGUUUGUUUGUUGAAUACUAGACUUGAAGAAAUUUUAAAUAGUCACAAGGAAGAGUUGUUAGGAAUUUAUCAAAACUCAAUAGGACAACAUGGUCUCCCUUCUUUGUCGACAGAGCAAUAUACACCAAGCUUAACGAAAAAGCAAUGGGAAAUACUCUUCAAAUCAGGGGAAAGUUGUGGAAUCAAAGAAGAGGGAAAUGCUGCUGACAUUUCUGCAACUAAAGAUAUAACACUAUCCAAUUUAGACGAAACGCUAAAUGUUUUGCUGCUAUACACAGUUUGCCCAUUGUUUCAAUCAGUGAAUACCGUUUCUGAAUGUCAGAUUCAGAUAUCAAAAAUUGCAGUCCUACACUCUGAAUGCGAACGGUUUGCGUUUGAGAAUCUUUGGAACCGAAUAGAAUCACAUAUAAUAAGCAUAGCCGCUCAUUGUAAGCUAUCUGGUUACUUCAAAAGAAAAUGCGAAGCAACAAAGCAAACUUUUUUUAACAAAACCCUUUCUCAAGAGAACCGGAAAUGCAUUUUGGAGGACGCUUUUAAUAAUCCUGAUUUUAUUAGGAAUAAACAAUUUUGUAAUCGAGUACGGAAGGAGCUUGACCUUAUUACAAUGGACGACAAUUUGAAUCUUGCCAGGAAACUCUGUGGUAAGGAAAUACCAAUUUUACUUGUGGAUGGAAAAUAUACAAAAGGUGCAUACUCGCUCAGUUUAGUUGAAAAUGCAGAUGAAGACCUGCAAGUUAUGAAAUCUGUUUGCAGUAACCAGGUUAUGGAGGCUAACCAAAACGAGACAGAAGAUGACAUGCAAGCAGAUGAAUCUAUGUUUACACCUACAUCUUUCUCACAUUCCACAGUUUCUAAAGUUGUUUCUGCACCAUCAUAUGUUGGCAUCUUGUAUCUCCCAUCUUGGUUCUUCUAUAAAGAUCAAUGCGAAGAGCUAUCUGGUGAGCUAGUCAUGGCUCAACAAUUACUGAAAGAUAUUCAAGAGGAAAAACAGAGAUUAGAAGUAGAAUCAUCACAGGUGAGGAAUGCUCAUGAGAAAAAUAUAUUACAGUUGGGUGGCAAACGAUUUAAUGGCUUCUUAGGUCAAGACAUUGGUCACGUGACAAAAGGUAGAAAAAUGUGUAAAAGAGAACUGGAAAAAUGUUAUACUGACGGUGUAAGAGAUGCUGUUAUAAUUGCGGAGUAUAAACAGAUUUGUUCUCAGUUAAGUGAAAGACUCGUAAAACAACAAACAGCCAAUAAAGAAGAGAUAGGAAGAAUUAAGGGACAAGUAAGGUCAUGUGACAAUUGUUCAAAGAUGUUUAAAGAUGACGAAAAGAUAGAGCUUCCUGGACAAAAGGUUGAUUCUCAUUCUCUGAACAGUCAAUAUUUAGACCUCCAGGCACAGACAAAUGAGCUACAGCUCGAACUAGCUCAAACAAAGCUAGCUUUGGUAGAAAGUGAAUGUAAAUCACAAGACUUAACACAUCAGUUAAAUUCUACUAUAACUGAAUUACAAUCUUCUAAUAACACUUGGUUUCAAAAGACUAUCAACUCUCUAACGGAGGUGACAAAUCAUACAAGGAAGGAAUGUAACGACUAGUAACAAGUUUUUAUUUUGAAAAAGGUAAAUCAAUGAACAUGUUUCAGUUGUUUUGUUUCUGGAUAAAAAAAAAUGUGUUUGUGAGAUUAAAUUGUAUCAGAUCAACAGUGGAUGUACAAUAGGUGGUUUUAAUGUGUUGUUUAAGUUUAUUUUUUGUUUUGAAUGUUUAAGGCUGUGAAACUAGCUGUUGAGACAUUUCAGAUGUAUCUUUUUUUUAUAAGUGUGAGCUGAUUAUAUUACGUAAUUGCUGAUUAUCCAGUGUUUCCAUUGAAGAAACAAAACCAUUCAGUGUAAAACACAACCAAAGUGGAAAAAAUAGACAAAAAAGUUUCCAUUCCGUAUUUAUUUUGUAAAUUUAUCCUUUAUAGUUACUGUAUAGUUUUCCAAAUGUGAUGUUGAAUUGAUAUUGAAUCAUAGAAAAAUGCUUUGAUCCGACCUCCAUAGCUUUUCAAAAUGACUGUUUCAAGGGAAUAACUUUUAAGACUGUCGGAUGGCUAUUAUCUUGUCGACACCACAUUUUUAAUUAGAUUGGUUAAGUAUACAUGGAAAUUCUAGUAUUUGGUUUUUUUCUGAAAAAAAAGGUAGAACAAAUCGGUUACUGCUGUUUUCUUUGACCAUCAGUUUUGUUAUACAAAUCAUUUUGAAAACAUUUUGUGAUAUAUUUCAGUUUCAUACAGAAUUAUUUAUUCCAUCCAUAUGGCAUUUUAAUCAUUUGAGACACAUCUUUACACACCAAACCAAAUCUUAGCAUUUUAAUGAGGUAUUACUUUCGAGGGCUUUAACAGUAUAAACAAGCAAAAUUGAUAUCUUGUGAUAUUUAUGUAAAAAAAAUAAAACUGUUUAUAAAACAUGAAACUUCUCUGAGCAAUAAAUAUUUUUUUCUA